UCACGCCUCGAUCUUGUCCAUCUCGAUCGGCGAGGGGUUCCUUUCGAGCAAUGAUGGUGUAUGUUUGAACUACUGUUCCACCGUAGAUCAUGCUAGGCACCGCAGAUGAUACAGCCGUCCACAUGGAUUCUCUCCCAAGAUUCGACUGGUCCUUCAAGAUAGGGCCUGUCAUCCGAAAAUUGCAUCGUCGUCGAUGACCACCGUGCCCGUCCGGACAGGCCCGAACGAAAAGAGCGUCUGUGAGCGAGAGCGAGAAAGAGAUGCAUAUAGCUCUGGAUACGUGCAAUCGGAGCAUCUUCAAGUCUUCAACGGUCCACCAUGCCUCGAGAUCCAAGCAAGGCCGCUCACAAACCUCGGAUGCGAGUCUUCCACCACAAGUCCCGUGAUGGUUGUAGAACAUGCAAAGACCGUCGAGUCAAGUGUGAUGAAGGGUUUCCGACAUGUCAACGAUGUCGCCGUGGCCAUCGCGAGUGUGUGCGCGGCACAGUCGAAAUACUCAGUUGCCCAGGCACCCGCCGUGACGCGCUGAAGUAUGCCAAAAUUCCUGCAGAAGAUUCGGCCACGAAUGAUUCCACCGCUCUCGAUUACUUUAUCCACAACACUUUACCGUUCAUGCGACAGAGUUACUCAUCACCCGUCUGGGACUACCUGCUCCAACUUCUAAGCGACAAGGUGCCUGUUAUAUUGACGGUCGCAGCAGCGAUUGGUCAUCAGCAUCGCGCUCUCGGGGAUAGACCACCCGAUGGUGCCGACUAUGCCGCAGCGAUAGCAUAUAAUGCAGCGAUCAGGGCGCAAUCCCACCAACUUUUCAAAUCGAAUGGGAGCGACGUCGUGCACGCGCUAUCAUGUUUCCUUCUGAUCGUUCUCGAAUCCCUCCACGGCUCCAUCGCCAAUCUUGAACUUCACCUCAGGCCCUGUGUGUACAUCCUCAAACAGGAGCACGACCCAAACAUGCAGCAAGAAGCCGCCGACAUGCUGAACCAUAUUUCAUCGCUCAUCGAGUUAUACAUCACCUCGAGCAUGAGUUUCGGCCCGCGUGAAUUAUAUUCGACCUCCGCCCGUAAGAUGCUCCAGACCAUCUGGGCGUGUCGUCCAUCCGCCGACGAGGUCGUCCGCAUCGAACGUAGCUUAGUAGAGGACAUGGUCUCCCGGCUGGAUACGUGGAUGCCGGCGGCAGAAUCCGGAUGCGACUUGCCCGCGGGCGACCCGGACACGGCUGUCCCGACCUUGGACGCCCUCCAGGCCCAAGAAUCGGCGUUAGACGCCGCGGCGGAAAACUACAUCGAAACGGCGCAGGGGGACGUCAAAUCUCGAGCAUACUGUGGCUUUGCCGUGGCGCGCAGCCUGCUCUUUAUUAACGCAAUUCGCGCCUUAUCGGAGCUCCCGGUAUCCCCCGCGGUUACUCUUGCUACGUAUCAACGCACAGUGGACGUUUGUGAGGAAGCGCUAGCUCAGCUUCGACUGUGCAAGUCGAAGUCUCCCGCAAAUGCUUCUAACGCUUUCUCCAUCGGCCUAGGGGCCAUCAAGGUCCUAUUCUGCGUCGCUACGCGAUGCAAGGAUUUCUACCUCCGGCGAAGGGCCCUCCUCGUCCUCGAGACAUGUCCGCGCCGAGAGGGCAUCUGGACGAUCGAGGGCGCACGCUUCCACGCUAUGGCUAUCAUCAAGGCCGAGGAGGGAAGAGCACUGCAGCGUUCUCCGGACCGCGUUCUCAAUAACUCCCCACCCGAGGACUGGCAAGUCCGGCAUAGCGAAGUCGUCGAAGUCGACGGCAACUCGAUGAUGCGCCUUUUCUGGCAGAGUGAUCGCUCCCGCGCUUUGACCAUUGAGGAUAUCCCUAUCAGCAAUCAGCUGAUCUCUUCACCCCUCGACGAACGCGCUCCGACCGCAUCUAGCUCUGAACCCCGUCAUUCAUCGACACCCUUAUGACAGAGGCGGGGCGGCGAGGCGACAGGGCUAUGAAUCAUACAUUCUCCAACGGAUUCUCGUCGGGUGCGCCUUGACACGCCGUUGUGAACGGCGGUUCGGGCUUUCGCUGCCCGUGCCUUGAUUGCGGGCGGUGUUUUCUGCAGCGAUAGGGCAUCGCAGCACGAUAGGAUGCCUGUCAGGAAGGCCGCGAGACUGUUCGUCCCGACAGCAAAGUGCCAAGGUGGACGUUGAAAUCGCUUUGCACGAGUCUCCACGAGGUUGCGCCUGGACCCCG